GUACUCGUAGCAGAGGUACUCGAGGCAGAGCGACGCCGCCAAACCCGCUUGCCCCGGUGCCCGGAUCCCUGGUUGUCGAGUGCGGAGGUUUUACAACAGACGAAGGCAGAAGAACACGCGAGCCCUCUUCAGCAACAGCAGCAGGGGCAAGGGCCUAGGAACCCGACACGGCAAUUGCAUUUUCUCGCACGAGCAACACAGCGACAAAGCAAGCAAAGGCCGGGAUAAGAUACUAGAGAGAGAGCUCCGGCAGGCGGCACCGACAACAGACUGCCACCAUGAGGCAACGCAGGUUAUUGAGGUUUCAUGGCCUGAAGCGGCCCCGUGUCCGCCAAACAUGGAACAAGUACAAUCUGUUCAACCUCAUUCGCCUGCGAACGCCCUUCCUCCAGAGCAAGACCCUUUUCCAGCAGAAAUGGAUUGCCAAGUCCCUGACGCGCGGCUAUCACGGCGAGCACAUCAAGGAAUACAAGUGGGAGCGCAUGUUCAGCCGCCGCCCCCUCUCCGCCGUCAACAUGGACCCGGCAUACAUGGCUAGGCAUGACGGCAGCGAGCAGGCUGCCGGCCGCGGUUCUGGCCGGAAGCCGAGGAUGGGCUCCAGGCACGUCGGACCCAAGAAUCAGGGCAAUCUCGACGCACCCACUCCCUACAUGCAAAUGGUCUUCGCCCCGAUGGAACGCCGUCUCGAUAUUGCCAUCUUCCGCGCCCUUUUCGCUAGCAGCGCGAGACAGGCCCGCCAGUUCGUCCUGCACGGCUUCGUCACAGUGAACGGAAAGAAGAUGAGACACCCCGGCUACCUUCUCAACCCAGGCGACAUGUUCCAGGUCGAUAUCGAGCGCGUCAUGGCAGCAACCGGCCGGCCAAAGAGGGGAGGCCAGAACCAAAACGCCAGCGCCAAGGCCGAGCCGGCCGAAUCGGCGCAGGGCGAGGAGGGCGAAGAAGGCUCGGAAGACGCAGCUGCCGAAGACGCUGAAGCGGCGGCAGAACCCGUCGACCCGGAAGCGGCCAAGGCGAAGCACCUGGAGACCCUGAACCUCCUCAAGGAGCGCGCCAAAAAGAUCAUGCUCGUCAAGGACCGCUACCACCGCGCCAAGAAGAAGAAGGCGCUCCGCAAGUACCUUAAAGACCUCAAGGCGACCAUGGACCGCGCCCGGAAACAACGCAACCAGUCCCCCGAGGAGAUGGACGAGGCCGAGCGCGAGCUGGCCGCCAUCCUCUCGGACCUCACCCUCUCCCCGACGGAGCACGCGGCCGAGGCCAAGAAGCAGCGGCAGCAGCAGCGGCAGCAGCAGCAGCAGCAGCGGGAGCAGGAGACGGCCGAGCUCAAGGCCGGCCUCCAAGCCGCCACCGGCAGCACCUCGGUCAGCGGCAGCACCGCCACCAGCCUCGGCCUGCUGACUGACACCCAGCGCGCCGUCCUCAAGUGGGUCAUCCGCAGCGAGGUGGAGAACCCGCACGACCCGUCCAAGCCCUACGCGACCCCCUGGCGGCCCCGCGACUUCAUGUCGCCCUUCGCCUUCAUCCCCCGCUACCUCGAGGUCAACCAGCGCAUCUGCGCCGCCGUCUACCUGCGCCACCCCGUCGCCCGUCCCGGCCUGUCCGAGGUCCCCACUCCCUUCUCGCCCACGCUCUCUCAGCUCGCGUUUAACUGGUACCUGAAGAGAGGCUAAAACACAAACGCAAAUGGAGCGCGUUUCGUCGGUUUCGCUUGCUUGCUUUGUUUGGCUGGCUUGGUUGGGAACCAAGGCGGGGUGAGGGGGGGGUUGCGACCGUUCUCUUAUUACCAACCAGCGAAGGCUGUAUCGUGUUGGUGUUGGAAGGAGAGCGAGAGAGAGAGAGAGAAGGAGAAGGGGGAAGGAUUGCAGUGGCUCUGCCUCUUCAUGGCUACUGAAAAAAAAAAGACAAAAAGGCAUGGGCAUGAUUAGAAGCACAUCGGAUCUAUGUGUGUAUAGAACGACACAUGUAUUCUAGGUGUAACUCGUGUACAAUACGGUAUUAUACUCUUACUGUAUAGCUUGCACACGUUGUGUGGGUUUCAAGUUCUGGCAACACCCUCUUGUAAGAAAAGGACAAAAGACCUAGCAGUCUAUCUAUACUCGGCGCUUCCAGGCCACAGCAGGCCAUAUCCGGCCCCAACGUUGCGCCAAGCUUCCAAGAUUACAUUGGUAAAGGCUUAAAUGCAUCACUCACCGACUUCCUGGGGGGAUGGAGCUCUCUAGCAAACAACUCGAAAGAAUGUUUAUCUAGCAUAGGCACGGUUGGCGAGGUGAACUGCCAUAGCGGAAACCUUGUCUAGGGCGAGACGAGGAAAAAAGAAACAUUGGUCUUAGC